AUGUCGCCACUGCUUGGCUUGCUGCUUGGCCUUACAGCGACUGGCACUACCACCAAUAGUUCCAUUUUAGCGCGUGUUGCUUGCCAGAUUGCUCUCAGUCAGCGUGCCCAGGUCACCUACAUUUACCGCUGUGUGACCUGUGUUGGUACCAACUCAUCGAUUCAUUCGGCAUUGGAGCAGGAAAUAUACCGUUGUGUUACUUCCACGCUGGCCUCCGCAACUCGCAGCGUAGAGGCACAUGAGUUGGAGCCUUUGAGAUCUACAGAUAGCAUGAACAUAUUCCAUAUACCGACUGCAGAGGCUGGUGAACCGUUGGUGCGACGCAUUCUGGACAUGCUGAAUCCUCGUCAGCCACGACGCCAUCUCCACAAAUAUAUAUUUGUGUGGCCAGAAGCUAGUGUGGAACAACUUAGGCAACUGUUUGAGGGCUGCUGGAGAAAACAAUUGUUAUUCGCACUGGCUAUCAGGGACGACACGGAUAUAUAUGAUUUCCAACCGUUUGGCUUGACUGGAUUGGAGUUAAUCACAGUGGAUAGACCUGGAAAUUAUUUCAUUGAUAAGUUGAAAAAUCUUCGUGGAUUUACAUUGCGUUUCUCAAGUUUCACAGACCAGCUACGUGCCUUGCCACUGACGCCUGUAAGAACUAUAGGCUAUGGAGCGACGGAUGGAUGUGCGGCGCGUUUGCUGGCAAAGGUUUUAAAUGCAACAGCUCGGUAUGUGGAACCUAAGGAUCAGGAUGCCUAUGGACAAUGUUAUAAAAAUGGCACAAUCACUGGUGUUGUGCGAGAUCUCAUGCUUGGCAAUUCCGAACUAGCAAUAAAUUUGCGAUUCGUGCUUAAGUGCUUUGAGCCGCAUGUUGAAUCGCUUUACCCACAUAGGCGAACUUUACUCUAUUUGGUAGUGCCAGCGGCGCAAUUACGGCCCGAAUAUUUAAUAUUUGUCACUGCCUUUCAGCGCCCUGUUUGGUUAGUGCUCGUGGCUAACUUUUUGCUUGCUCUAGCACUGUUUGCUUUGAUCCAACGCAUGUUGAGACGCAUCAGAGGAGGAGAUGUGGAGCCCUGGUAUGAGAUUUGGGAAAUGCUGUCAAAAACUCAUUUGGGACAGCCCGUGGAACGUUUUUCGCAGAUAAGCUCGAUGCGAUGCUUCCUCAUGGGCUGGAUACUCUUCAGCUAUGUAUUGACGACCAUUUAUUUUGGCAAAUUGGAGAGCAGCUUUGUCCAACCCAGCUUUGAGCCACAGUUGGACUCACUGGACGGUCUGAAAGCUCUUGGUCUGAAAGUCCAUGGAGUUGGUAAUUUUUUUGAUACAGUAAAAUUAUCGCUCUCGGCUAAUCAAUAUAAGCUGCUUGUGGAGCGGAGUCAAAUCCAUUCGCUGAAGGAGUCACUGAAUAAAUAUGAGCUGGCAGUAGUGCGACGCAAUAAAAGUUCCGCCUUUAUUAUGCGUGAGGACAAGGCCAAAGCAUUUCUAGCUGCCACAUACAGUGAGCUGGAAGCACGACCAACCUAUCACAUUGUGAAGAGCUAUCUGCAGUCGCUGCCGGCAACAUAUAUUGUGCCCAAGGGCUCGCCAUUUCUGCAAAAAUUCCAGGCCUUGUACAGCGCCUUUUACGAGCACGGAUUGUUUGAGCAUUGGUGGCGAUUAGACGCAAUGAAACGAAAACGCUUUUCAUCACACUCUGAUGAAUUCUUUGAGAAUAUAGACGAGCAGGCGGAUCUGCAGGCAGAAGAUGAAGCUGCUAGGGAUUCAGAGGGUCGGCGCAAAAAGCGCGUAGUCCUAACAAUCGACAUUCUUCAAGGUGCUUUUUUCAUGUGGCUAAUUGGAAUACUUUGCAGUUUGCUGGGAUUUCUACUAGAACAUGCCUAUAUCCAAUGGAAGCGUUUUGAAAUGCUUCCAGUUUUAUGA